CUAUAAAGCUGUGUGUCACCAGGGGUACCGGCUGUGAACACAGCCAAACAAUGGAGUCCGCCUUUCCAACAGCAGCGCGGCUCAGCCUCCAUUUCCUCCUCUACUCAUCCCUGCUCCUCAACGCCCUCUUCGUCGCGCACCUCUUCCUCUCCGCCCCGCCGGCGCAGUCCCCGCUUCUCAGCGAGGUCAACAACGACGGUGGCAGCGGCGCGCUGAGCUGGGCGCUACGGGCGGCCAGGGAUGCCGAGUCCGUGGCCGCGGUUGGUUGCUCCGGCCACGGCCGCGUGUUCGUGGAUGGCAUCGUCGGCGAGGACGGGCGGCCCGGGUGCGAGUGCAACACCUGCUUCGAAGGGCCGGACUGCUCCGUCCGGACGCCCGACUGCACCGCCGACGCCGACAGCGGGGACCCGAUGUUCCUGGAGCCGUACUGGAUGCGGCACGCGGAGGCCAGCGCCGUGGUGCUCUCGGGGUGGCACCGCAUGAGCUACAGAACCACCGACGGCCUCUUCCAGUCCGUCGAACUCGAGCGCUGCAUCAGGCGGCUGCACCGGGCCGUCGGCAAUGCCGUCGCCGACGACAAGCAAAUCGUCUUCGCCUCGGGCUCCUCGCAGCUGAUCAACGCGCUAGUGUACGCCCUGUCUCCAGCCAGUAACUCCGGCUCGACGGCCAGCGUGGUCGCCACCACGCCGUACUACCCGGCUUACAGAACACAGAUCGUGUUGUUCGACAGCCGGGAGUACAAAUGGGGCGGGAACACCUCCAAGUGGGCCAACGCGUCGGGGAACUCAACCACCACCGAGGACAUCAUCGAGUUCGUGACGUCGCCGAACAACCCCGACGCCGUGCUCCACCAGCCCGUCGUCGGCGGCUCGUCGGCGAUCCUCGACCACGCCUACUUCUGGCCGCACUUCACGCACAUCCCCGCGCCCUCCGACGAGGACGUCAUGCUCUUCACCACCUCCAAGCUCUCCGGCCAUGCCAGCAGUCGCUUCGGGUGGGCGCUGAUAAGGAACGAGAAAGUGGCCAAGAGGGUCAACGACUACAUGAUACAGAACACCAUGGGCGCGUCCCGCGACACCCAGCUCCGGAUGCUCGCCAUCUUCAAUGCCAUAGUGGCCAACCUGCACGGCAAGGAGGACAUCUUCGCCUUCGGGCACGACGUGAUGACAGCCAAAUGGCGCAAGCUCAGCGCCGUCGUGUCGCGCUCCCGCCGGAUCUCCCUGCAGAACAUCCCUCCCCAGUACUGCACCUACUUCGACAAGAUCAGAGAGCCAUCCCCAGCUUAUGCGUGGGUCAAGUGUGAGAGGGAGGAAGACGGCGACUGCUCCGACGUGCUGCUCAAGGCCAAGAUAAUCACACGCUCCGGCGUCUGGAACGACGCUAGCAGCCGCUACACGAGGAUAAGCCUCAUAAAGUCCCAGGACGACUUCGAUAUGCUCCUCGAGAGGAUCACAGAAUUUGUCGAUGCCGAGCACAGCGUGGCUGGUUCCAACUCCAUUUGAUGCCCCAUGUUAAUAUACAGAAACGGGUCAAGAAAAUGUAAUUAUACAGAAGGUGUGUAUUUGGAUAGGACGGGUACCAAAAGUACGACGUCCACCGGUCAGCUACGUGUUGAUUAUGUCCUACACUAGGUGAUGAUCGGGGAGCACACGUUGUGGAUGGAAAUGAACGAACAACACUGGAAUGAUCAGCUAUGCGUUGAUUGUUCUCAGUGUGUGCUACUUAGAAAAAUGUUCCCAUGCUGUAUUGAGUGGAGGAAUAAUGAGCACAUACUAUGCUUAGAAACUAGUGUUACAUUAA